UGUAGAAUACCAGAUGGGCGUUGGUUUCUUUUGAUCGUUGGUAAGGGUCAUUUUAUAUUAGCCACCCUUAUGGAAGCAGGUGGAUGUACAGAAGAUGCGAUAGAUGUAACAUCCCCAUCUCCAUUUUACGUGGAGGAAUGUGAAAGCUGUUUGGAACUGCUUUACGAAGUGGGACUGCAUAAAUAUUUGACUACCUGGUUCUCAUCAAACACAUUACCACAGGUUGAAACAACUCCUGAAUACUUGACAAAGUAUGGCAGGAAAAUGAGGGAUUCUCUAAAAUCGGACAACUUUAGGAGCACUACACUGAAAUUAUCUAAAUCUCAGCCGGAUUUAAAGCGACGACAUAACUCGUCUGAUCAAAUUAACUCGGUAAUUAGUUCAAGUGAUAAUCCUAUCAACAACUAUCAUAGUAUGAGUCAUCAUAGCUUUUACAAUCAAUGGUAUAACGGCUCACAGAAGAAUUACAGACAUUCAAGUAAUUUAGACAUCAGUUAUUCGGAAGAUUCUAAUAGCUUGAAGAGCAACAGUGAAAUAACCGAGGAGCGUGUGACCGGACAGCGAGCGGACAGAGAACAGAAAGGUCGCCGUGACUCCUCUGGAUCUGAUUCUGUCUGGGACAGACAGGAUGGGAGUAGAACUAGCGGGAAUAUUGAUAUGACAGAUAUAAGAAAAAGUUUAUUUAAACGUUACACGCCGAUAGAAAAAAAUAAAAAUCUAUAGUUCUACAGCGCCGUGCGGGUCACGGAGUACGAAUAAAGUAAGUCAGUAUGGCCGGCGGCGAGAAAAAGUAGUUUGAAUAUUACUAUACGUUGAGGUCAACGGUGACCCCAUGGCGCUAUGAUAGAGGAAGGGUGAGGUCACCGGUGACCCCCAUGGCGUUUAGCGUGUUAAAUGAACUCAAUCAUGUGACUGUCCACAGAAUAACAGCCGGUGAAGAGAAUGUCCUAUUUCAUUUUGUACAACUGGAAUCAGAGAAAGGAGUUUUGAUAGCGCCAAU